GCGCUAAAUAAGGCAAAGCACGCAGCAGGAAUUCACUCUAGCACAUCUGGCCAGGGAUCAGGCCAGCAUCCUCUAGAAAUUGUGCUGUAUUGAACACAGUGAUGGCAAACAGACUGCACUUCGACAAUUCGAGAUCGAGGACGAGAAAGAAGCUUUUCAGUGGAUGACAGAACUAGGCACAAGCCCAGAACAGCGGUAUUCGGGGUCUACAAUACUGGCUUGGCAUUUUGCUAGCUUCUUGGUUGGUAUCCCUCAUCUGCUCCUCGAAUGUGAAGCGUCGUGGAGGGGAGUUAUAUAUCGGUCAGUCCGACUUCAACAAAAGUAUCCACCAGAGCACAAGGCACACAUGGCGUCACCUAGUCACCCAUGGACGUGGGCCCCUUUUCACCCACAUUCACAUCUGGCCAUUGCUUCCACGUGUUGUGGUAGAUCUUCCCGUUCUUCUGACUCGCAUCUCUCGUAUAGAACCUUAAUGGUCUGGGAGAAAUUGCAAAGAUGUCGCAACGGUUCACAAUCGAAUUCUCAGCAAAUUCGAUGUGGAAGGUUUCCCGAUGAGAAGUGCCAUAUGGACGGGAAGAAGGUUCCAGGGGGUGUGAUCGACAGCGCUACAUUAGGUACAAGAAAUGUCCAUUCAUGUUCAGACACAGCAUCAGAUGUUCCUGCUCACGCUCUAACAUGAUUUGGAAAAUGGAAAAGCGAGGAUAAUAAGGAGAAUUGUAGCCCCUGACGGCGUUGUGAUUGGCUCGGGAAGGACGCGAGUCGGGGA